UUUUUUUUUUUUUGAAGAUUUAAGCUAGGGUUUUAGCAUAAAUUCGAAUCAGGAAUUGUUAAGGCUGUGGAAUUUCAGCUGUUUAUGAUCUUUUUAUACAUUUACGUGUUGUUGAAUAGCUGUAAAUGGAAGGAAAAUACCAUAUAAAGCCGUGGUGUAUGAGUACUAUAUGGGGUUGUAAGUUGGCGAGGAGGAAUUAGAGAAGUCAUAAUAGAAGGGUAUCUAGAAUAUGUAUGUUUACACGGGGUAAAGUAAAGGAUAGAGUUUCAAGUGACUUGUAAGCGCAGAUUGUUUUCCAUGAAUGUUGAAUGUUGGGUCAAAUUCUGUAAGCCAUGUACCUGAGAGGAGCUUAGUAAAAUAGAAGGGGUUUCUGUUGUUGGCGCCCUAUUUUAGUUUAGUGAGCUCUUGUCUCUGUCUAAAGAAUACAAGCCCUUUUGGGUGAAUUGAAUUCUGCAAAGUUAGGGGGUGUGAUAAGUGUGAGGUUUUUAGAACCCCUAUUCUCUAUAAGAGAUAAACUUUAUGCAGUAUAGGAAUAGAAUGUUCCCGAAUGGUGUUGGACUUCAUUAGCGGACACCAACUAAUUUGGGGAUUGAACAGGGAAAAUACCCUUCGAUUUGAUCAAGUUUUCUGGUGAUCAUUUCCUUCUUCUUUUUGUGGAUUGUUGCCUCAAUAUCUAUAUUAUUAUCUUUGCGUUGAGUGUUUAACUUGGCAUGAAAAGAAAUGUACUUAUCAAGGAGAAAUCUUCAAGAUUUGCUUUGUUAUUGUUCUAUCAAGUACCAAAACUUAUGACUCUUAUGCAACACUGACUUGAGAAAUGGUAUUCUUAUUACAACAGAGUUUUGCAAUAGGACCCAAAUAUUGGAUUGUCUAUUUUCUUUUGCUCGUUUGUGCUUUCAUAUGCUUUUUUCCGUAUGCUUAUGGUGCUCGUGGAGUUCUAUUUUUAUGUUUACUAGCAAUGAUGCCAUCUUGAAUUGUUGCUGUUAUCUAAUUUUGGAAAAUGCCAAGCAUACUCUGGCAUAUCAUAACACCUACAAUUCAAGAAUGAAGGAUUACAGCAAUAACGUUCACUAAGAUAUUAAUGCAAAUCGUCUAUCAAUAAUGGAUAAUUGAACUUCCACAUCUGGAGAUAGUUCACAAACCAAAGAGUAAAAGCAUAAUGUGUCAUAGGCUUCUCAACACACUUUAAUUGUCUUUCUCAAGUAGCUAUAGAGGAAUGGCUUCAUCGGCAAAGACACCAGGUCUUGACAAGCCUAACCCAGCUGAAGAUUGGACUGUUGUAUUGCCUCGUCGUGGAAAACAGAAAAGAAUUUUUCAUAAAGUUAUCAUUCACGAACGGCAAAAACAAGAACAACUGUGGACUCCAGCAGAUAUUGAGACCAAUCCCGAGAGAGAAUCUAAAUUGAUGCAAAAAAUACAAACCUGCAUGAGGAAACUCGAGAGCUCUUCCUUCUGGUUGACAUUUUUGGAUCAGUUACAAACCCCUGAAAUAUUUGAUAGGUUUCUAAAAGCUGUGGGCUCAGAAGGAAAGAUGCAGAUGGUAAUAUAUGGAAUUGGUAGCAUAGAAUCAUAUGAGCCUCCUAGAUUACAGCUUAGUCUUGCAAUCUUAAUGAAAAGAAUGUUUAGUUGGAUUGGGGAGGUAGAGGUAUUUGAUCCAGUGAUCUCUCUGGCAGAAUCUAGGGUGCUGACAGCUCUCGGUUGUUCUGUCCUAACAGUCAAUGAACAGGGUAGACGGCAAGCUUUAAGACCUACGAUGUUCUUCAUGCCACAUUGUGAUGCUGAACUAUAUGAGAAUCUUCUAGAGGCAAAUUGGAGGCAUGAUCUAUUGGGUAAUAUGAUACUGUUUGGAAAUAGUUUUGAGGCGUAUGAGCAACACGUGUCAGAGUGCAAAAACCUUAGACUUGCUGAUUCUAGGAAGCAUAUCAUAGCAAUCAGGCAGUUUGUAAAUGAGCUUCCCAUUGAUUCUAGGAAGCAGAUUGUAGCAUUCAGGCAGUUUGUAAAAGAGCGUUCCAUUGAUCCCUUUUCAGAUGAUCAAUUUCGUGCCUUCCAUGGUUCAAGUUGGCAUUUUUUCGACAUUGAUCCUCAUUCAGAUUUAUGUGAUGCUAAACCAUGAACACUUUGUUUUCUGGAUUGUACCUCUUCAUUGGAACUGAAUAUCAAAAUUUUAUUAUGAUUUAGGAAAAUGUUCUUUCUUUA